GACAGCACAGAAAUUGAGGUGUGUGAUUUGUGUUCAACUAUCGCUUUUUUGUGAUAAAAUAGACAUACUUCCACUGGAAUAAAUCUUCGAAGUGCGCAAAAAGGGAUUGCUAGAUAAGUAACAUAAGUGUAACAACUCCACCGUCCUUUUAAACAACGAAAACUCUGUACGUAUUUCGGUCAAAACGUGAAUUCGGGCGUCGACCGGUCCACCCCAGUCCCCACCUCGCAACCGCUGUCACUUCGCCGCGCCGAGUGCUCGUGGAUCGUCAGUCGCGUUGAACCUUCAUUUUGUGUAUGUCGUGCUGUCUCGGUGCACGAUUCAACCCGGUGUUCCAUCGACGUGUGUGUGUCGGUCUAGCGACCGUUUAAUGUGGUAUACAGUGCCGGUGUUAGGUUAUCGCCAGGGUCGCGCGUGAUCUGGCGCGAUGGUGGACAUGGAUAGGAACGACCCGGAGCUCCGGUACCUGUCGGUGGAUCGGAACAGUUUCAACGACCCGGCAACGCAAGCAGAGUGGACUCGCAAGCGAUUAGUAUGGGUGCCGCACGGUACCCAGGGUUUUGUCGCUGCUGGUAUCAAAGGCGAGCAAGGAGACGAGGUGGAAGUCGAGAUCGCGGAGUCCGGGAAGCGGAUGCUGGUCGCCAUAGAUGACAUCCAGAAAAUGAACCCACCUAAGUAUGACAAAGUGGAAGACAUGGCAGCGCUGACUUGUCUGAAUGAAGCCUCCGUUCUGCACAACAUCAAGGACAGAUAUUAUUCUGGACUUAUCUAUACAUACUCCGGGCUCUUCUGUGUGGUGGUCAACCCAUACAAGAAGCUGCCCAUCUACACGGAGGCGAUCAUGGAGCGGUACAAAGGCAUCAAGCGGCACGAGCUGCCGCCACACGUGUUCGCCAUCACCGACACAGCCUACCGCAGCAUGUUACAAGAUCGAGAAGACCAGUCCAUUCUCUGCACGGGAGAGUCGGGCGCGGGCAAGACAGAAAACACCAAAAAGGUGAUACAGUACCUCGCGUACGUCGCCGCAUCCAAACCCAAAGGCUCUGGCGCGGGACCAACGCCACAAUUGAUAAUAGGUGAAUUAGAACAACAGCUGCUACAAGCCAAUCCAAUACUGGAAGCUUUUGGUAACGCGAAAACAGUGAAAAACGAUAACUCAUCUCGAUUCGGUAAAUUCAUAAGAAUAAACUUCGACGCGUCCGGUUACAUUGCCGGUGCGAACAUCGAGACGUACUUACUCGAGAAAUCGAGAGCAAUCCGGCAAGCUCAGGAUGAGCGCACAUUCCACAUCUUCUACCAGCUUCUGUCAGGAGCGACGGCGCAGCAGAAAGCCGAAUACAUCCUAGAGGACCCCAAAAGCUACCCCUUCUUGUCAAAUGCAGCGCUACCUGUACCAGGUAUCGAUGACGCGGCAGAAUUCCAGGCUACCAUCAAAUCUAUGAACAUUAUGGGAAUGAACAACGAAGACUUCAACUCAAUCUUCAGAAUAGUCUCAGCCGUACUCUUGUUCGGAUCGAUGCAAUUCAAACAGGAGAGGAACUCGGAUCAAGCCACUUUGCCUGAUAAUACUGUGGCGCAGAAAAUUGCACAUUUACUUGGUCUUUCAGUAACAGAAAUGACGAAAGCAUUCUUGAAACCCAGGAUAAAAGUUGGUCGCGACUUUGUAACGAAAGCACAAACCAAGGAACAGGUGGAGUUCUCCGCGGAGGCCAUAGGCAAAGCCUGCUAUGAACGUUUGUUCAGGUGGCUCGUCAACAGAAUUAACAGAUCGCUUGACAGAACAAAGAGACAAGGUGCGUCUUUCAUCGGCAUCCUCGAUAUGGCAGGAUUUGAAAUCUUCGAAUUAAACUCUUUCGAACAGCUCUGUAUCAACUAUACUAAUGAGAAGCUGCAGCAACUCUUUAAUCACACGAUGUUCAUCCUCGAACAGGAAGAGUACCAGAGGGAAGGAAUCGAGUGGAAAUUUAUAGACUUCGGUUUAGAUUUGCAGCCGACCAUUGAUCUCAUCGACAAACCGAUGGGCAUUAUGGCGUUGCUUGAUGAAGAGUGUUGGUUCCCCAAGGCCACGGAUAAGACCUUUGUGGAGAAACUCGUAGCGUCUCACUCCGUCCAUCCCAAAUUUAUGAAGACAGAUUUCCGUGGUGUCGCAGAUUUCGCCAUAAUUCAUUAUGCUGGCAAAGUAGACUAUUCUGCAGCCCAAUGGUUGAUGAAGAAUAUGGACCCUCUUAACGAAAAUGUGGUAUCCUGCCUACAGUCUUCUCAGGAUCCAUUCGUCUGCCACAUUUGGAAAGACGCAGAAAUCGUAGGUAUGGCUCAGCAAGCUUUAACCGAUACGCAAUUCGGUGCUAGGACGAGAAAAGGAAUGUUCAGAACUGUGUCUCAAUUAUACAAGGAGCAGUUGACGAAAUUGAUGGCGACGUUACGGAAUACGAAUCCAAACUUCGUGAGAUGUAUCAUUCCCAAUCACGAGAAGAAGGCUGGAAAGAUUGAGGCGCCCCUAGUGCUAGACCAGCUUCGGUGCAACGGUGUGCUGGAAGGUAUUAGAAUUUGUCGCCAGGGUUUCCCGAACAGGAUACCCUUCCAAGAGUUCAGACAGCGCUACGAACUUCUGACACCGAAUAUCAUAACGCCUAAAGGAUUCAUGGACGGAAAGAAAGCUUGCGAGCAGAUGAUCAAGGCGUUGGAACUCGACCACAAUUUGUACUGCGUAGGACAGUCGAAGAUCUUCUUCAGAGCGGGUGUCUUGGCCCAUUUAGAAGAGGAGAGAGACUACAAGAUCACGGAUUUGAUCGUGAACUUCCAAGCCUUCUGUCGAGGAUAUCUCGCGAGAAGAAACUACCAGAAGAGACUGCAGCAGUUGAAUGCUAUCAGAAUUAUUCAAAGAAAUUGUGCUGCGUACUUAAAACUAAGAAACUGGCAAUGGUGGAGACUUUAUAUAAAGGUGAAACCUUUGCUAGAAGUAACGAAACAAGAAGAGAAGCUAACGCAGAAGGAAGAUGAAUUGAGACAUAUUAGGGAGCGUUUGGACACGCAACUGAAACGCUGCCAGGAGUAUGAGGCCAAGUACCAGCAGGCCAGUGCGGAGAAGACACAGCUAGCGGAACAGCUGCAGGCGGAGUUGGAACUGUGUGCUGAGGCUGAGGAGAGUCGGGCCAGAGCCGCGGCUCGUAAGCAGGAAUUAGAGGAAUUGCUUCAUGACCUUGAAGGUCGUAUAGAAGAGGAAGAGGAGCGAUGCAACGCGUUGCAACAGGAGAAGAAACGGUUGCAGCUAAAUAUACAGGAUCUGGAAGAACAACUGGAGGAAGAGGAAGCGGCGCGGCAGAAGCUACAACUAGAGCGGGUGCAGUGCGACUCAAAACUCAAGAAGUUAGAAGAAGACUUGGCCCUCAGCGAAGACACAAACCAGAAGCUUCUAAAAGAAAAAAAGAUACUAGAAGAGCGGUCGAACGAUUUGUCCCAAGCCUUGGCCGAGGAAGAGGAGAAGGCAAAACAUUUGAGCAAAUUGAAAGCCAAACAAGAAUCUGCUAUAGCCGAGCUUGAAGAGAAAUUGCUUAAGGACCAUCAACUACGACAAGAGGCGGACAGGGCCAAGAGAAAGUUGGAGACAGAAUUGCAAGAUGUGAAAGAACAACUUUCCGAGAGGAAAGCCCAAGUUGAGGAGUUGCAGAUUGUAUUAACCAAACGUGAAGAAGAACUGGCAGCCGCCAUGGGUCGUGUGGACGAAGAGAGCACCCAGCGUGCUGCGGCACAAAAAGCCGCCAGAGAAGCGGAAGCGGCUCUCGCCGAGGCUCACGAGGACUUGGAGGUGGAAAGGGCCGCCAGGACCAAAGCCGAAAAGCUCAGGAGGGACCUCAACGAGGAGUUGGAGGCGUUGAAGAGCGAGCUAUUAGAUUCGCUAGACACUACCGCUGCACAACAAGAACUCCGUUCGAAGCGAGAACAAGAAGUGGCAGUACUCAAGAGAAGCCUGGAAGAAGAGGCGAGCGCCCACGAGGCAGCGCUCGCCGACCAUCGCCACAAGCACUCACAAGAGUUGCAAAUGCUCAACGAACAGCACGAUCAGCUUAAGAAAACUAAAGCUGCUCUGGAGAAAGCUAAACAAGCCUUGGAGGCGGAAAAUGCGGAUCUAGCGACGGAGCUAAAGUCCGCCAGCGCGGCGAAGGCGGAAGGUGAGCGAAGACGUAAGCAGGCGGAAGCCCAACUGCAAGAGAUCACUGCGAAGCUGCAAGAUGUUGAGCGUUCUAGGUCGGAACUGGCCGACAAGUGCAUCCGUCUGCAGAGCGAGGCUGAACAGGCGUUGCAGCAGUUGGAGCAGGCGGAAUUGAAGGCCUCCGCGGCCGCCAAGCAGGCCGCCACCGCGGGCUCCCAGCACAACGAGUUGCAGGCACUUCUGGAAGAAGAAACCAAACAGAAGUUGGGACUACAGUCGAGAUUGCGCAACGUGGAGCAACAGCUGGAACAGGCGAGAGAUCAGCUCGAAGAAGAAGAAGAAGCCAAGAAGAACCUUGACAAGCAGGUAACAGCCCUCACCCAGCAAGUGGCGGACGCCAAGAAGAAGGCGGAAGAAGAAGCUGAAGUCGCGGCGGCCCUUGAGGAGCAACGCAAGAAGCUCAGCAAAGACAUGGAGUCCCUGCACAGACAGCUUGAUGAGCUCAAACAGGCUAACGAUAAGCUGGAUAAGAGCAAGAAGAAAAUCCAAGAGGAGUUGGAAGACACGAACAUAGAACUCAAAGCGCAGCAAGCUAAGGUGCAAGAACUCGAAAAGAAACAGAAGAACUUUGAUAAGGUGGUGGCAGAGGAGCGCGCGGUGGCGGAGAGGAACGCGGGCGAGAGGGACGCCGCGGAACGCGACGCCCGCGACAAGGAAACGCGGUUGCUGUCCCUCACCAGGGAACUCGACUCCGCUGCUGAGAGGAUUGAAGAAUUAGAACGAUCGAAACGUCUCCUGCAAUCUGAAUUGGAUGAACUGGUCAAUUCUCAAGGCACGGCAGACAAGAGUGUUCACGAGUUGGAGAAGGCCAAACGGGCUCUAGAGUCACAGCUAGCUGAACUGAAGGCGCAGAAUGAGGAAAUAGAAGAUGACCUUCAAUUAACCGAAGAUGCUAAGUUACGCUUGGAAGUUAACAUGCAAGCCAUGAGGGCGCAGUUCGAGAGGGAUCUUCAGGCAAAGGAAGAAGCGGGCGAGGAGAAGCGCCGAGGCAUCGUCAAGCAACUCCGCGAGCUCGAGAGUGAACUGGAAGAAGAGAGGAAGCAACGCGCGGCGGCCGUGGCGGCGAGGAAAAAGCUCGAAGCGGAGCUGAAGGACAACGAACAAGCGCUACACCUCAACAAUAAGUUAAAAGAAGAUGCCAUCAAACAAGCGAAAAAAGCAGCCGCCCAGCUCAAAGAGGCGGUGCGCGAGGCUGAAGAGGCGCGAAGUGGCAAGGAAGAGGCCGUGGCGUUAGCGCGGGAGGCCGAGCGGCGUGUCAAGGCACUGGAGGCCGAAGCGUUGCAGCACGCCGAGGAACUAGCCGCGGCCGAACGUGCGCGCCGGCACGCCGAGGCGGAAAGGGAUGAUCGGGAUGAUGAGCUCACUGCAGCUGCGGCCAAGGGCACUCUGCUUAUCGACGAAAAGAAACGCCUCGAGGCGCGGAUAGCGGCGCUCGAGGAAGACCUGGAUGAGGAGCAGUCCAACAACGAGAUCAUCAACGACAGGCUCAGGAAAUCACAGAACCAAAUCGACCAGCUCACGAUGGAGCUGGGUACGGAGAAGGCCGCGACGCAGAAGCUCGAGAGCAGCAAACUGGUGCUGGAACGGCAGAACAAGGAGCUCAAGGCCAAACUCACAGAGCUGGAGACUGCCGGCCGCGCCAAGACAAAGGGUGUGAUAACAUCGCUAGAGCUGAAGGUAUCGAACCUGGAGGAGCAGUUAGAGGCGGAGUCGCGCGAACGGUUGGCGCAGCAGAAGGCGUCGCGCAAACUGGACAAGAAGAUGAAGGAACUGGCACUUCAGCUAGACGAGGAGCGAAGACACGCCGACCAGUACAAGGAACAAAUAGAAAAGAUGAACGCGCGCGUGAAGGCGCUGAAGCGCGCCGUGGACGAGGCGGAGGAGGAGGUGCAGCGCGAGAAGGUGGGCAAGCGCAAGGCGCAGCGCGAGCUCGAGGACCUGCUCGAGACACACGAGACCCUGGCGCGCGAGUGCUCCAACCUGCGCAACAAACUCAGGCGGCAAGGAGGUCCCAUCGGUCUCUCAGGCGCGUCUUCGUCGUCACGAGUCAAGCGUUCGUCGCUAGCGCCGGGCGCCGCCGGGACUGCGUCGGGCGACGAAUCCUUCGACGACGGAACGGACGCUGCGAAUUCUCUUGAGUGAUCUACCCACCUUGCUUAAAAACAUGGAGGAUUUGUGUGAACGAUUCAGUACGUUGAUUUAUUGGUAUUGUUUAAUAAAUUCUGUUGUUGUUCAUUAUUUGACUUUAAGAACCGUAUGUUUUUUUAAAAUUAUAAAUCGUUUGUAACCGGACGUAAUUUUUUUGUGGUGGACUUUUUGUCUAAUGAUUGCCAAGAGAUGCGAAAUUGUGACGAUGAUUUCAAUGAUAUUUGAGGUUUUAUCGAUAGCGAUAUAGUUCUGUAUUAUAAUCGAUUUCCAAUAAAUUUAAAUUAACGAAUAAUUAAAUGAAAAAAUGGAGCAUCUUUGUAACUUAUAUUUAAGAUUAUUUGAAAAUGUCAAUUAACAAUGUUUUCUACACUUUUAUACGAUGAAAUGCAGCAUCGCGCCCUAAGCGCUACUAAUGGCUUAAAGUUUUCUCAAAUAAAAAUCUAUACCUCGCACUGAAUCGAACAUUUAAAUCCUGCUAUAUUUAGGGUUGGAACAAACAGAAAACAAUUAUUUCUAAGCCAAUUUAGAAGGUACUUUGGUCAAUUGUGAUUGUGACGUAACGGAGCGAAGAAGUUACCAGAGCCUCGAGUGUAUGUUUUUGAGGGACAGAAAUGAGGGAAAUAUGUCAGUAAAACACGAAAGCACCUUUAACUUUUUCAUCUCUUUCGGCUUACUAAUUGACAAAUUGAUCUAAUUAUGUCAACAUUUGCUGGUCGCGAAUAUUCGUUUUAUAUGCGAAUGCGACCUUGGAUUUUCUUUACUUCACCUACCCCUACGAGAAAAAAUAAAACAUUAUUUUUAUUCGAUGUGUUACUAAAUGUACAAGAUGAGUCUUUUAAAUCUGAAAUCUUGAAUAUGAAUUUUUUAGAAUGUACAACAACACCACCUCAAGAUUGCUUUAAUUGGGUUAAAUACCCGAAGAUUACACAUCUAUAGUGUUGUUCACUCAAUAACUUAUACUCUAAGCUCACUCAGUAUAUGUGUGGCUUGAAGAAUAUUGUUUUUCGUUUGGUCGCACUACGUCGUUGUGUAAAUCUCGUAAAUUUACUGUCGUUAAUUAUAAGUUAAAACCGGACGCCUGUUUUUGUAUCUACGAUUGAAAUUGCGUUUACGAAAUAAAUCGAAAUCUUGUAUAACAUUCGAUCUGAUUCCACGCAAUUUACAUAAAGUCGAUCGCAAUACCGAUUGUACAUACAUAAUAAGGUUAUAAUAAUAAUAAUGAAAUGUCAGUUUUUGUAAUAACGAUUUUUUAUACUAUUUUAAAAAUAUAAUAAAAUACUGCACCGAUAUUAAAACUGUUUACAAUACUUAACGACUGCGGAUUGGUGCUCAUUUUUUGAAAUGCAUUUAAAUGUGAUGUUAUGGGAUGGAAUAGCUUUUUUUUUCUUUCUAUAAAAACUUAUUUUUACUUUGUUUUACUCUGUAACGUUGUUUGUGCCCGUUUUUAUGAUGUUACACGUUCCUAUUCCAUCGCCGUGACGUCGCAGUGUACAAAAGCGUUUAAAUCCCUUCCAGUUACGUUUUAUAAGUUGCCUAAGAAACAUCACUGUUUUAGUAAUUCAAAUUCAUUCACACGAUCCAUACACACAGUUUUUAUUUAUAUUGCGAUUGAGGUAUUACUCUUUAUAAAGUGUCAGAUAGUGGUACUAAUUUUGCGGGAUUUUUGGGAUAUACCUAACUUAAAAAUUUUAAUGUCACUGAGCGAAACUAUGUAUACCGAUUACACAUU